AUGGAAAGUCCUCAAGAUAACGAUCGUUGUUCGUUGUCUUCAAGUCGCUCCAGCAGCAACACUAAUCCCAACAGUAACAAGGACGUUUCUGAGGAACCCGAUAUACUAUCUCAUCCCAAAGCAGAAAAGAUCCUUGAAGCAUGCAAAUGGAGAGACAUAGGCCGUCUCAAGGCUCUAGCUGAAGCCCAUGGUGGAUUCCUAUCAGAUACCUUACGAAGGCAAGCAUGGCCCAUUCUACUAGGUCUGGAUGCUCCCUCUGACGAAAAGGAGGAUACUCUAUCGGCUCAGAAUGCCGAUGACGACUGGAAACAGUUGCCCCGUCAUCAUGACGAAGAUCAGGUUCAGCUUGAUGUCAAUCGCUCGUUUAUUUACUACCCAAACAAUCAAUCCGAUGCAGAGCUAGCUCUCCGCAAAUCGGAGCUCUCAUCCCUCAUCACCGAAGUUCUCCGUCGUAACCCUUACCUGUGCUACUUCCAGGGCUACCACGACAUCUCCCAGGUCCUGCUGCUGGUGCUGGCGCCGGCAUGGAGAGCUCCAUUGCUUGCUCGCCUCUCAGUUCUAAGGAUACGUGACUUCAUGCUACCCAGCUUUGGACCCACGACCUCUCAGCUUCGCCUUCUGCCCGACAUCAUCCUCGCUGCCGACCCAAAGCUCCGACAACACCUGCAAGGUGUUGAGCCUUUUUACGCACUGGCAGGGACGCUGACAAUGUAUGCUCACAACAUUGAGGCCUACCAAGACAUCGCCAGGUUAUUCGAUGUCUUCCUUGCCCAGGAGCCUGUUUUCCCCGUCUAUGUGUUUGCUCAGAUCAUUCUUGAUCGCCGAAAUGAAAUAUUUGAGAUUGACGAGCCUGAUAUGCUGCACGUCAUCUUGGGCAAGGUCCCUACCAAAAUGGACCUGGACGAGCUGAUAAUCAAAUCAGCCGCUCUUCUCCAGCUUCACCCCCCCGAGACGCUAAGUUACUGGCGUCAAAUAUCUGACUACAGUGCCCUCAAGACAGCUCGGAAUAUUGAAGCCUGCGCGCGACAAACAUUGGAGGAGGGCUCGCAGCUUUUCGAGAAGCAGGUCACUGAGGUUCACUGGCAAGAGGUGCGAGAUCGCAUCAAAUUGACCCUCUGGCGCUACCGCCGUCCAGCGAGGACGGUCGGAAUGGCUCUUGUUGUCGGAGCCCUAGCAUUCUACCUUCGUCGCAACCCGAGUGUUGUCCGUCGUAUCGCUUCUUUCUUUUCUUAA